AUCUGUAUAUUCAAGUAUAUAGAUUACUACAAAUAAAACAAAGAAUUUCAAGUUCCUGCUUACAUAAUAGCAAUCAGCCCAUUGUAGAGUCUGCGCAACGGAAAUUAUUCCAGCCACCUGUUCCAAAAGACUUAGGUUUACUUAUAUCAUCGAACUGUGGCGAAAACGUUUGCUAUCAGACUAGACCGGGCCACAGUCCUUAUCUGCAGUACUCACAAAUGGAUCAAGCUGAUAGUGAGACCGAGAAUCUUUCAGGGAGAAAGAUCACACGGACAUACUGGAAGCGUUAUUUCCGUUCUCCUGGUCUGAACCAAGUAAACACAUUUGACUCAGGGGGGAGGGGUCAGGUGUGUGGACAGUAUGACGCCACGUCUGCAUGGGCACGAAGACUCCAGACUCUGAAAAUCCUCAGCGUGUCAAUCAUCGCGGUGCUAGGGCUACUUGCCUUUGUCAGUAUCGACGUGUACCGGGCGCAGGGGACUAUCAGAAAGGAGAGAGAUAUCCAGAAAGGCUUAGGUACAAGUAUCGCGGUGGCAGAGUUGAUACAUACUCUACAGAUAGAAAGAGGAACUACAGUUCUAUGCAUUAGCUCUCCAAACAGCACACCCGUGGGCAAGGAUCUGAACAAAGCCCGCUUGAAUACCGACAAAAACAUCAAAAGCAUCAUAAACUGGCCGGAGGGGAGGCAGUCUUUGCAAAGUCGAGAAAUAUUCAUACGAGAUGUAACCGAUUUUAGAAGUAGAGGUGAGGUAGAGAGAUGCGUGCUCAACAUUACUAUCCAGGAGACGCUGAAUUUUUAUACGGGAUUGAUCGACACGAUGAUUGAUUGGCUUUUUGUAAGCAUUAAGAGCAGCAAAGGAGAGAGCGUGUUGUUCGAGUUACUUGGAUAUCGGAUGUUCCUUAUUGCAAAGGAAAAGACAGGUCUAGAGAGGGCAAUGGGCGGGUCGUACUUCUCCCGCGGGUACUUCAAUAAAACAGAGGAGCUGAUCCUGUAUGCUGAGCAUAAUGUAAUUGGAAAAAUGUUUCUAAAUUCAAGUAUGGAAUUUAUGCCGAAGCUGAAGACUUAUUAUACUGAUACCGUGAGCAAAGAGACUGGUGUCUUUAGCAGCUUGAUCGAUACACUCAACGCAAAGCGGGCUAUCAUUCUGAGUAAUGAACAGCGUCAAGCAAACGUGACCGAGGGUCAAAAUUGGUUUAAGCUGAUGACGAACUAUAUUGAUAUACUGUUAACAGUGCAAGAGAAAGCCGGAGAAAACCUGAUUUUUACCAUCGAGGAAAGCAUCGACGACAGUGAGAACGAUCUUAUCAUUCGUGCGGUCACCCUGUUUGUUGUGGUAGCCCUCACCCCAAUCCUCUUCGUCACGGUCGCGCGCAUGACUAAUACCAUCCACAAGUACGGCAGCGAGCUUGCAAAGACCACCAGGAGUCUGAAAGAGGAGCAACAGCGCACUGAUGAGCUUCUCUCGGCAAUGUUCCCGCGCUCCGUCGCAGAGACUCUAAAACUCGGCGAGAAAGUACCGUCAGAGCAUUUCGACAGCGUUACCGUCUUCUUUAGUGAUAUCGUGGACUUCACCAACAUGUGUGCUAUGAUAUCACCCAUGUCAGUCACCCAGAUGUUGAACGAUGUGUACAGCGUUUUUGAUGACCACAUCGAAAAAUACGACGUUUACAAAGUUGAGACGAUCGGAGAUGCAUACAUGGUGGUCAGCGGUCUACCCUUGCGAAAUGGCACCUCGCAUGCAGACGAGAUUGGCCGCAUGUCCCUGGAUCUAGUCCGUCUCACUGAGACGACAACAUUGGAUAGUGUACCUAAAGGGAAAAAGUUGAUGGUGCGCGUUGGCAUACACACAGGACCGUGUGUGUCGGGCGUAGUCGGGUACAAAAUGCCGCGGUACUGCUUGUUUGGAGACACUGUCAACACAGCCUCAAGAAUGCAAACGACAGGAAUACCACAAAAAGUUCACAUCAGUGAGACCACGUACGAUCUUCUUACCAAGUUCAAUACUUUCCACAUGGAGUAUCGCGGUACAUUGGAAGUAAAGGGUAAGGGGCUUAUGCGCACAUACUGGCUUCUGGGACACGAGGCCACGUCCAAAAACACGGAAGAUCUGCCUGGUCUGCUUAACGAGGGCUUUGAGCCAUGCGAAGGACAACUGGGAUUUCUCUCCCUUUGAGAGUCCACAGGGUUUCCUGUUGAAGCUGCUAAGCGAAGGGUCUGAACCAUGCGAAGAACAACUUAGAAUUCUGUGUGACCGGGUUGAAAGAGUUGUCGUCACAGGGAUCCCAUUAUUACCCCAGACCGGGGUAAGCGUAGGUCAUAGCCUUUUGGUAUGAUACAAGAGACUAAGUGGAGCAAACACAACUUGUGUGUGAAUGUGUGAAUUUUGCCAGAAUAUUAUAUCUAUCUUUUGAAGUUAUUUUAAUGGAUGAUUCGUGUUUGUACAUCUAGAAAAGAAGGCCGAAAUGUGAAUGAACUUUUGAGUUGUCGACUGUUCAUAGCAGAUAUUGUGUAAACAAAGAAAGAGUUCAGAUACAGAAAAUAUGUAUGGAUAAAAAGUUGUUUAACAUCUCAAAUAUAUUAUACAUAUAAUUAUAUGACAUUGGGGGGUUAACUAAAGUACUUGUAAAUAGAUUCAAAAUAUAGACAUUAAACUGUAAAUAAUUAUUUUGUCCUUUGAUGGAAAGGCUUCAGAGCAACCAAAAAAGUAAGAAAAAUGAAAUGAAAUGCUAUUUAUUCUGAAAUAAGGAAUUUGGAACUGUUAUGAUAUAUUAUGUGUUUUAUGAAACAACUUAUGUAAAUAUACCACGUCAGUCGAGAUAAUGAGAAUAAAAAUCACCCAUCGAAAA